UCCGAGGCCGAAAAAGCGUCUCUCUGCCACCAUGCAGCAAUGCAUCGAUGACCUUGACAACCUUAGCUUCACCACCACUUCCACCACCGUUCCCGAAACCAAGCGUAGCACCAGCUCGGGUUCCGAAGCCUCCAACCUAGUGCCACGCGACCCUUGUUGGCAUGCCAUCCGACGUGCCAGCACGCUGACCUUAGAGGACCUACGGUUCAUUCACCGCCUAGGCAGCGGUGACAUAGGGAGCGUUUACCUUGUGGAAGUGAAGGGGGGUAGCAGUGGUUGCGUUUUGGCUGCCAAGGUGAUGGAUAAAAAGGAGCUGGUGAGCAGGAAGAAAGAAAAUAGGGCAAGGAUUGAGAGGGAAAUAUUGGAAUCAUUGGACCAUCCUUUUCUGCCAACCUUAUAUGCCACUUUAGACUGUCCCAGGUGGUCUUGUCUGCUGACUGAAUUUUGCCCCGGCGGCGACCUUCAUGUUCUCCGUCAACGACAACCCGACAGACGAUUUCAUGAGGCUGCUGUCCGGUUUUAUGCAUCCGAAGUUGUGGUUGCUCUAGAAUACCUACAUAUGAUGGGAAUUAUCUACCGUGAUCUCAAGCCUGAGAACGUGCUAGUAAGAUCAGACGGUCACAUCAUGUUGACCGAUUUUGAUCUUUCCUUAAGGAGUGAUAAUACAUCAGCCGCAUCGGCGGCUCACCUCGUUUCUGAUCAAAACACAUCAUCAUCGUCAACAAAUUUAUCAACUGCGACUCCUUUUGACAAAUCCUCAUGCAUUUUACCAAGCUGCAUAGUUCCCGUCGUCUCAUGUUUCCAUCCUAGACAUAAACGCAAACGUAGGAAAAACUCCAUGCAUCGUGGUGCCUUCGAGAUCGUAGCCGAGCCGGUCGAUGUUCGAUCAAUGUCCUUCGUGGGAACCCACGAGUACUUGGCCCCAGAGAUCGUAUCAGGCGAGGGUCAUGGCAACGCGGUGGAUUGGUGGACGCUAGGGAUAUUCAUAUUCGAAAUGUUCUAUGGUGUAACACCAUUUAAAGGGAUUGACCAUGAGUUAACACUAGCUAAUAUUGUGGCUCGGGCACUUGAGUUCCCUAAGGAACCAUCGGUUCCAGCCUCGGCUAAGGACUUGAUUACACAACUCUUGAUGAAGGAGCCGAGUAGGCGAAUGGGAUCAACCAUGGGUGCGACGGCAAUUAAGCACCACCAAUUCUUUGAUGGAGUUAAUUGGGCACUAUUGAGAUGUAAACCACCGCCUUACACUCCCCGACCGGAGGCGACGGAUAAUAGCACAGACAGUUCAUUUGAGUAUUACUAG